CGACAAUUUAGUAGAUCACAGACGUUGUCCGGCCUCGGCUCGUGUUUUCUCCCGACCUCGUUCGUAAUUCCAGACACUGAGAAAACAUGCACUUGACUUCCACUGUGGGUAGCCUUCUUCUGCUCUGCCUGGCCUGCCUCAUCAAACCGCCUCCUCCAGCCGUGGGCCAGUUUUGGAGAAAAUCCGUUGAAGACCAAUGGUUUAGUGAAACCUUGGCCACCCGGCCAUCUGGAAUUUGUUACGACGAAAAGGAGGUGAUGGCAAUCAAUCCGGACUCUAGACGACGGCAGUUCUCGUACUGCUGCAAUGGGUACCUAAACGAGGGGACUUCUAGCAAUCUAAAAUGCGUGCCUAUUUGCGAAGAGGACUGCACGAAUGGGCUGUGCUACUCCCCUGAUCGGUGCGAGUGUGCGCCGGGAUAUAUCUGGAGAGACAGAAAGUGUAGGAUAAUGUAAUUUACUUCAAUAAAUGAAAUAUGAUCGAGAUA